AUGGUGAAUAACUUAGCGAACGGUGUCAACAUUUCGACAGUCAAAAGCAAGGAUGAAUUGCCUAAUUCGAUCAUCGUUACACAGGUGCCUGAGGAAGUAUUCACAAAUCCCGAGCACAAAGAGAACUUUUGUCAGUUGUUCACGCAGAUCGAGGAGAACAUUCAUUUCGAUUUCUUGAAAAGCUUCCGACGCGUUCGAGUUAUUUUUAGGCAAGUCUGUUGUUACAUAUCUCAAAUUGUUUGUCGUUCCAUUCAUCACUUUUUUAGCACUCCCGAAAGUGCGACAGCUGCGAAACUUAUCGUACAAGGCUUCUCUUUCCAUGGACAUGAAAUGAAGGCAUUUCUUGCGCAGGAAAUGGCACCGGUUAUUUGUAAUUUCGAUUUGAUGGCACGGCUGGCAUCGUUUGCUCUGGAGGACAAAUCGUUCAAGGGUCAAUGA